UUCAGGACCCUUAAGACCUCCCAGGAGAGUCACAGCUCCAAGGUACUCUGAGAGAUCAGAGGGUUUUCAUCAUCACCGAUACCUAAUGGAGUUAUCCAGAGCAAGAGCGACUGUAUGUGUGCUUGGGUUUACCACCAACUCACAUCUGCCCUGUCUUAAAACUCCCAGGUUCUGGGGAUCAAACAAGGGUCAUCAGGCUUUCACAGUAAGUGCCUUUACCCACGGAGUCAUCUUGGCAGCCCCUUAACACGCCCUGUUAUGGCAGCAAUGGAGACUGGGUACUAUGCUGAGCCUUUCUCAAAUAUUCACUCAUUUAACCUCUUCAUUACUUGUGAUAAUGUUCUCUCUCUUGGCUGCAAACCAUAGAGCAUAACCUGGGUGGCCCUUCCCCGGGUGGCAGUGCCCCCUGGCACCUUCGGAAUGUCCUCAGUGAUUCGGUGGAGAGUUCAGAUGAUGAAUUCUUUGAUGCUAGAGAGGAGGUGGCUGAAGGGAAGAAUGCCAUCCUUAUUGGAAUGAGCCAGUGGAGCUCCAAUGACCUGGUGGAGCAGAUUGAGACCAUGGGGAAGCUGGAUGAACAUCAAGGAGAAGGGGCCACAGCGUGCACGUCCAGCAUCUUGCAGGAGAAGCAGCGAGAACUGUAUCGGGUGUCCCUUAGAAGACAGAGAUUCCCAGCUCAAGGAAGCAUCGAGAUCCAUGAAGAUGGCGAGGAAGGCUGCUCACAGCGUUCCUGUAAGACACACGUUCUCCUGCUGGUGCUGCAUGGGGGCAACGUCCUAGACUCCGGCUCUAGUGACCCUUCCUGCAAGGCGGCCGACAUUCACACCUUCAGUUCUGUGCUGGAGAAGGUCACGCGCGCCCACUUCCCUGCUGCCCUGGGCCACAUCCUCAUCAAAUUUGUCCCUUGUCCUGCCAUCUGCUCGGAGGCUUUCUCGCUUGUCUCGAACCUGAACCCCUAUAGCCACGACGAGGGCUGCCUCAGCACCAGCCAGGACCACGUUCCCCUGGCUGCCCUGCCCCUGCUGGCCAUCUCCUCUCCACAGUACCAGAAUGCUGUUGCCACUGUCAUCGAGCGGGCCAACCACAUCUAUGGAGAGUUUCUCAAGUCCUCUGAUGGGAUUGGCUUCAGCGGGCAGGUGUGUCUCAUCGGGGACUGUGUGGGCGGCCUCCUGGCUUUCGAUGCCAUCUGCUACAGUGCGGGACCCUCAGGGGACAGCCCUGGCAGCAGCAGCCGGAAGGGGAGCAUCAGCAGUACCCAGGACACCACUGUGGUGGAGGAGGACUGCGAUCUGGCCAGCAGCAAGCGUCUCAGCAAGAGUAACAUCGAUGUAUCCAGUGGAGUGGAGGAUGAGGAGCCCAAGAGGCCAUUGCCACGGAAACAGAGUGACUCCUCCACCUAUGACUGCGAGGCGAUCACCCAGCAUCACGCCUUCCUCUCAAGCAUCCACUCCAGUGUGCUGAAGGAUGAGGCCGAGGUUCCUGCAGCUGGCACGCCCCAGCUCUCCGAGGUCAGCCUGGGUCGCUUUGACUUUGACGUGGCUGACUUCUUCCUCUUUGGCUCACCCCUGGGCCUGGUCCUGGCCAUGCGGAGGACAGUGCUGCCUGGGCUAGAUGGUUUCCAGAUGCGUCCUGCCUGUAGCCAGGUCUACAGCUUCUUCCACUGUGCGGAUCCCUCAGCCUCACGGCUUGAGCCACUGCUGGAGCCCAAGUUCCACCUGGUGCCUCCUGUCAGUGUGCCUCGCUACCAGAGGUUCCCCCUGGGCGAUGGACAGUCUCUCCUGCUCGCUGAUGCCCUGCACACCCACAGCCCCCUAUUCCUGGAGAGCAGCUCCUGGGGAAGUCCCCCGCUUCUGGAUGCCCCUGCCUCACCCCUUCAGGCCCCAAGAUUCCAGCACUCAGGACGGAGGCUAAGCGAAGACAGCUCCCAUAGCGACAGCUCAGAGUCCUCGGACAGCCUGGCACCUAUGGGAGCCUCCCGCAUCACAGCCAAGUGGUGGGGAACCAAGAGGAUUGACUAUGCCCUGUUCUGUCCUGAUGUCCUCACCGCCUUCCCCACUGUGGCCCUUCCCCACCUCUUCCACGCCAGCUACUGGGAGUCUACCGAUGUCGUCGCCUUCAUCUUGAGACAGGUGAUGCGUUAUGAGAGCGCAAGUGUGAAGGAGAGCACUGGCCUGGACCCCACGGCUCUGAGCCCCACUAACCCCCGUGAGAAGUGGCUGCGCAAGCGGACCCAGGUCAAGUUGCGGAAUGUUACUGCGAACCAUCGAGCCAAUGAUGUAAUUGCUGCUGAAGAUGGCCCCCAGGUCCUGGUGGGGCGCUUCAUGUAUGGCCCUCUUGACAUGGUGGCUCUGACUGGAGAGAAGGUGGACAUCUUGGUGAUGACAGAGCCAUCGUCAGGCCGCUGGGUCCACCUGGACACAGAGAUCACCAACAACAGUGGCAGGAUCACAUACAAUGUGCCCCGGCCCCGGCGCCUGGGGGUUGGUGUCUACCCUGUAAAGAUGGUGGUCAGGGGUGACCAGACCUGUGCGAUGAGCUACCUCACGGUGCUGCCCCGAGGCAUGGAGUGUGUUGUGUUCAGCAUUGACGGCUCCUUUGCGGCCAGUGUGUCUAUCAUGGGAAGUGACCCCAAGGUCCGGCCAGGGGCAGUGGAUGUUGUUCGGCACUGGCAGGACCUGGGCUACAUGAUCCUUUACAUCACGGGGCGGCCGGACAUGCAGAAGCAGCGGGUAGUGUCGUGGCUGUCCCAGCACAACUUCCCACAGGGCAUGAUCUUCUUCUCGGAUGGACUGGUGCACGACCCGCUGAGGCAGAAGGCCAUCUUCCUUCGCAACCUCAUGCAGGAGUGCUUCAUCAAAAUCACUGCGGCCUACGGCUCCACAAAAGACAUCUCCGUCUACAGUGUGCUGGGCCUCCCUGCAUCCCAGAUCUUCAUUGUGGGCCGGCCCACCAAGAAGUACCAAACCCAGUGCCAGUUCCUGAGUGAAGGCUAUGCCGCACACCUGGCGACACUGGAGGCCAGCCACCGCUCGCGCCCCAAGAAGAACAACUCGCGCAUGAUCCUGCGCAAGGGCAGCUUUGGAUUGCACGCGCAGCCAGAGUUUCUGCGCAAGCGCAACCACCUGCGCAGGACCAUGUCUGUGCAGCAGCCGGACCCACCCGCCCCCAACCCCAAGCCCGAGCGGGCACAGAGCCAGCCCGAGUCCGACAAGGACCACGAGCGGCCGCUACCUGUGCUCAGCUGGGCGCGUGGGCCCCCCAAGUUCGAGUCGGUGCCCUGAGGGGUGGGCGGUGCUCAGAACAGUAGGGGCAGCUAGGCGGCCUGCAGGGAAGGGAAGGGUUGCCUUCUCCCUGACACAGGCGUUUUCCUGCUUUUUCCCUCCCGUGUCUGUCCAGCAGUGUCCGACCAGAGCAGGGAGGGACCUUGCCCUGACAUUGGGGAGCUCUCUGGGCUGCGAUGGGGUGAAAUCCGGGGUGUCUCAGUGCAGCCGCCUGUGACAUGCCUGUGCCCACAAGCCAGAGUCAGGGGUGAUGUGUGAAUGUGACCCUUGGGCCAAGCCUGCCUGUGCCCAGUGUUUGGGUAAAGUCGACGACCAUCUUUUCGAGUCCUGAGGUUUCUGUAGCCGCGCUAGGCAGGCUCACACUAGAGAAGCCCCCAGCGCUGGGUAGACGGCCGGACAGGUGUUUGCCUCCGGCAGGCCGCUUGCAGGCACAGCAACUUGACUGUGUGUAGAAGCGUGAGUGGCGUUUAUGUCUGCCCUCCUUGUGACAUCCGGGGCACCACUUGGGGGCUGGCUGUCACGACACAGUGAGAUCACCUUGUGGGAGCGGACAUUCCCUGGGUCCAAUCUAUAUGUGGAGUCUGUCCACAGCCCUGGGGACCGGUCUGGUGCUGACCGUCUUGCAGCUGUCCUUCAUUCCCCUUCUUGUUCUCUGUAUCUUUAUUCUCCUGUGGCCCUUGAAGACAGAUGUUCCUCUUCCUUGUGCACUUCCCUGAGAGGCAGCAGGCCACGGACUCUGGCCUGAGUUGGUCUGGCUGUGUGCCCUGAGUCCUGUAGCAUAUCCUCUUUGGGCCCUGCCGUUUUCUGUAACUAGAAGGGGCCUCCUGGCUGACAUGGGUACUGGGUUUGACUCCUAGGCUGUCCAGCAUUUCUGCUCUCUGGGGGCUUUGCAGAAUGCCCAGUGGGCCUCCUCCUCCUCCUCCCAUCCCUCCCCACCCUGGGAGAGGGAUUCUAGGGUGGGGCUGAAAGGGAGCCCAGUACCUCAGAGGAAGGAAGCUACUACUUCAUGGAGAACAAACUGGUUUGUGUACACUGAGGGGAAAAACAAACAAACAAAAACCUACUUCCUUCCACCAACAAAGGGGACCACAUGGCUGCCCCUCCCAUAGCUCUGCUCAGACUGACUUUUUUCUUUAGGUUUCUGGAAUGCAUGGGGCUGAACCUCGGGCUCUUGGAGGUUCAUGGAAUAUUGGCUCAAGCCGUUGUAUUCCCUUUCCCUCUCUGGCCACUACGUUUGGUUUGAGCCUAGAACCUCCUCUAUGGUAGUCAGACCCCUUGGGUGGUGACAGGAGGUGUUUCUUUGCUGCCAAGUCCUUGGCCUUGGCACAGUCUCCCCUUGCUCCCUGGCCCGGGCUGAUACCUGUUGUAUGGCCUCCUGGGUGUCUUAGAGGCCCCUGGGCUGCCCCUGAGGCCAGAGCCAAACAUCUGUGUACACAGCAGGCACUCGUGAGCUCAGUGUCGCUUCUGUUCAAUGUCUACCUCUUGCAGCUCCCAUGCAGCCUGUGGUGGCUGCUGAUGGGGGUGGCUGGCACCGUGUUGUGAGUUGCCCAGCAACCCACUUGGGCUGGAGGGGGUGUGGGCUCCCAGGACCCACCCUGCUUUUUCCACUUAAAUGUCUUCUCCAGCCUGCCAGCGAGCUCCCGUUCCCUCUGCCCACCCCAGCCUGCCAGCCAGCCCCUGUUCCCUCUGCCCAUCCCAUCCCAUCCUAUCUGCCAGCUCUUCCACUGCACCAUCAGCACUGUAUCUGGCAAACCAAACCCGUCACUGCCAAGGCGGUUGCCGAGAGGGCAAGGAGGUAUGGGACCAGCUUCAGCUUCCUCUUUCUGUCCCCCCUCCUGGAAGUUCACACCUGCCCUGCUUCCCACCGUUCCUCUUAGAGGUUCAUACCUCCCCGCCUCAUUCUUGCCUAUCUUUUGGCACCAGCUCAUAUGGCACAGCCACCUUAAUUGCAGUCCUUCCCCCUAAACGCUGUGGUUGGAGCUUGGCUAGACCCGAUUCUUUCCCAGCCCUUCAUCUCCUCUCAGCGGGAGCCACCAAGUCUAACUUUCAAAUGAGAACCCCAGGCCGAGUCAAUGUGCGAGUGGGGGAACCCCCAGGGAGAUUGGAGCCAGUGACAGGGCUCUGUGGCUCAGAGCCAGCCAGAGGCCCCAUCCCCCUUUUGCUAGAGCCCCACAUUGGGGCUUGGGUGACCCCUUUUGUGAGGUGCCGCUGGUGUACAGGUGUUGCGCACACCACCCUAGGAGCUGUGGCCCGUGGCGCGUGUGAAGUGUGCACUCGCCGUUCUGCUGAGUGAACAGCUCGGUAUUGCUUCCUGGCAACUGUACUCCGCCUGCGCGCUUUUUGCUCGUGCUCUGUUGAGUUAGGUCAGAGACAAAAGGAGCCGAUUCCUAGUGCUCUUAGGAGGAGGAGUGCGGUCGCCUCCUCUAGUAGUUCUGUGUGACGCCCCAUCUAGCUGUUUUCUAGCGACCUCUAGCUCCUGGUGUGCCUGCUCUCCAGCUGCUGGAAACAUGUUCCUGCUUGACCAAAGUUCCCGUAUCUGAGUGGCAUGUUUGUUCUUCCUGUGUGGUGGCUGUCCUGACCUGGCUGAGGGAUGACUGACACCUUCCUUUAUCCCCUGUCCUGUUGUGGGUUGCUGGAGUCUGCUCUUUCAGCCUCAUGCCCCUCACCCCCAAACACUGACCCUUCUCGGAAGCACCACAAGAUAUUUUUUAAAAAAUAAAUUAUUUUCAUGCAUUCAGACAAACAGCCUUCCUGCCUGGGUGCUGGGCUGCAACAAAUGUAUCUGAACCCCAGUAUUCCUGAGAUUGGGGUGGUUCUCUGAAGGAGGGAAGGCUGUAUCUAAUGGUUUUUAAACUGUACUUUGGGCACUUUGCAGCCCAGAGCUGCGCCCCAGAAGUAUCCUGCAGACAAAACGUGGCACCUAUCUUUAAUUGAAGAGUGGGCCCCGCCAGACCGGUGCACCCGGGUCUGGAAGAAGUGCCACUUUUGCAGGCAUACUCUGCACCCAGCUCAGGUGAAGCCCCACCAGGGAGGGCACCCUGACUGUAGGAGCCUUGCAGUUGACCCCGCCUUAAACACCACUUUCCAGCGGAAUCCCUGGGGUUCCAUUCCAAGUGCUCUGGAAA